AUGAACAUAAACCUUUUCCCACCAAAUUGCUGUGGUCAAGAACUCUCCCCAGCCAUAUUUGGUCAUUUCAUUCCAGCCGCAGUCCUCCAAAAAUUCAAUAUGAUAAUGGAUGUUAUUUCAGCCAGAAGCAACUAUUAUUGCUCAAUAGCAACAUGUUCCUACCCUCUUCGUCCAAAGGACAUCGAGAGAAACUUAGGCACUUGUCCUGUCUGUGAGAAACAAACCUGCCUCGAAUGCAAGUCUCUUGCUCAUGAGGGGGAAUGCAAGAAGGACGAGGAGGAAGAAAAGCUUCUACAACUGGCUGCGGAGAAUAAGUGGCAGGUCUGCCCUACCUGUGGUCAAAUGGUUACUAGAACUGGUGGGUGCAAUAUGAUGGUGUAAGUUUCCUAUAUCCAAUACCGAAGUAUAAGUUGACUGACAUGAAUAGUUGUGUAUGUAAAGCGGAGUGGUGCUAUGUUUGCGGGAAACGCGAGUGUAGAAUCGGGCAUCGUUGAUAUUGAUACCAUACAGUGUCGAGGGUAUGUGA